AACCAAAACAAAAAGUAUGCAAAGCCCAUAGACAAGUAAAUCAUAAAAAAAAAACAAAAACAAUAUUUAUUAGAGCACAGUUUAUGAUUUCUGUUGAUAGUUUAUCUUCUGUUGUUUUUAAUUAAAUAUAGUUUAAAAUCUUAGACACUCAGGAUUUAGUUCAAAUAUAGUUUAGUCGAUGAGUUUCAGUUGCGAAUACUCGCUUGAGAAAAGGCCCCCGCACACGAACAGUCACACGCAUGCACGCCAACCGUUUGGGGCUGCUCUACACCGACACUUAAAGAACCCCCGACACGACACGACGAACAUACACACGCCAAACCAAUGCUAAAAUGUCGCUGCCCAACGAACAGACAAACUUGCCGCACAAUCCCAGCCAACCAGCAUCCACAGACACACCAUCCACAACAGGAACAUCAACAACACCUACGACACCAACACCUUCCACAAAAACUACACAAAAUGAGCUGAAACACCGCCUGACGCCAUUGAAUGUGCGUCGUUUAUCGGGAUACGUUAAUCCGCAAGCGAUCAGCGAUAAUGCUGGCGAUGAUCCCCCGCCCACCACCAUUAACAUUGGCCUCUUCAACAACAAUAACAACAAUAAUACAAAUAAUAACAACAACAACACAGCAUCAACAACGCCACCAUCUGCAUAUGCCACACCACCAAUAUACCAACAACAGUUGUCCACACUGACAGCAACAACACCGCUAGAUGUGGCACCGGAUGAUAAAUACAGAUUGUUUACCAUUUUCAAUGGAAACGAUCCCGACAAUGAGAAAUUGUCGGGCCUACCACAUUCGACAACCGGUUCACUAAGCUCAAUCAUCACGACGUCCAUAGCAUCCUCCGAACCGGAUCCUGGAGCGGCGAGCGGCGGCGGCGGAGGAGGAGCAGGCGGCGGUGGCGGGAGUGGCAAUGGCGGCAUCGGAUCCGGUGCCCUGGUGGCAGCAGAUGCCUCCAGUAUCGCCGGCAUCAAUGGCAGUUCCGAGGAGAAGUUGGCGCUCAACAGGCCCGGCAUCAAACAGGAGAAGUGGACAACGAUCCUGCUGCAGGUUUCCAUUCCGUUCUUCCUCGCCGGCAUUGGCACCAUUGGAGCUGGCAUCGUGCUGGGACGCGUUGAGAAAUGGUAUGUCUUCAAGAAUGUCAGUGAGCUUUUCAUCCUGGUGCCGGCGCUUUUGGGUCUGAAGGGUAAUCUGGACAUGUGUCUGGCCUCGCGGCUCUCCACGCAAGUGAACCUGGGCAACAUGACCAGUCGGCAGGGCGUGAUACGGAUGAUAGUGGGUAAUAUAGCGCUGGUGCAGGUCCAGGCGACAGUGGCCUCCUUCCUGGUGGCCAUGUUUGCGGUGAGCGUUGGUGCGGCGAUGACCGGGGAGUUCUACUUCGAGAACAUGAUGCUGCUGACUGCUUCGGCCAUGUUUACGGCCACCUCGUCGUGCUUUGUGCUGGAUUUUGUCUUGGUGGCUGUCAUCCUGUUUUCGCAGAAGUAUCGCCUCAAUCCGGAUAACCUAGCCACGCCCUUAGCUGCCUCCAUUGGUGAUGUGGUGUCCAUCAGUUUGCUCUCCUUUAUUGCCUCGCUGCUGUACGAUCAUAUCAAAACGCACCUGUGGAUCACUUUCAUCGUAAUCACCUGCUACCUGGUGCUCUUGCCCAUGUGGGUGAUGAUCGUGCUGAGGAACGAGUACACGCGACCGGUGCUGAAGAGCGGAUGGGUGCCCGUCCUCUCAGCCCUCUGCAUAAGUGGUCUGGGUGGCCUUGUGUUGGACGCCGCCGUCGAGGUGUUUAAUGGGUUCGUUGUGUUUCAGCCGAUCAUCAACGGAAUCGGCGGCAACCUGGUAUCGGUGCAGGCCAGCAAGAUAUCCACAAUGCUGCACCAAAGCUCAAUUAUCGGGAUUAUACCACCGCACACGCAGAUCUUCGAGUGGCCCUGGCGGGCGCUCUUCAAAGGAGUUCCCUAUGCGAAGACAGCAAGGAUACUUAUCGCCAUGUCGAUCCCCGGCAAUGUCCUGUUUAUCUUUGCUGCUGACUAUAUAAACUAUAGCACCUCGACGGUCACCUGGGUGUUUGUGCUAUCCUAUCUGACCGCCAGUUUAGUGCAGGUGAUGCUGCUGCUGUAUAUUGCCCACAUUAUUGUGCACGCGAUGUGGAAAUGGAAGAUCGAUCCGGAUAACUCGGCCAUACCCUACCUGACGGCCCUGGGCGAUCUGCUGGGCAGCAGUCUGCUGGCGGUGGCGUGGCUCUUCACCAUGUCGGUGGGCAUGCAAUACGGAUCCGGGAUGCAGACACUCAACGCACCGAACUAGACUAGCAAACGAAAUAGGAAUACGGAAUAACGUAGAACGAUAAACAAGGCAGCCACACACCACACAAUAUAAAGAACUGUUAUGUACCUAAAUCAAAUAUAUAGAAAACAUAGAAAUUGUACGAAUAGACCCAGCCCCAGCCCCCCAAAAAAACCUCCCAACACCAAAUGGAAACGGAAACGGAAACCAAUAUAAAACGAACUAACUUCUAAUGAUGCAUGAAUGUCGAAUGUUCGAGGCGGGAGAUAUUAAGAGAGAUGAUAUCAUUUUACACUGUGUCCUUCUUCACAUGGCUUUUGCUUGUGUUCCUUUUGCUCUACCGAGAAAUUAUGUGCGAUUAUGGUAUAUAUACAGGCUAUAUAUAGGCAUAUGUAGAUUUGCAGGUCUGCCGCGUCAUAUUUUUUAAGGCUUUUAGGACAAUAUUAUACACAUUUAAAGAAAUAUAUACAUUGUAUAGGGAGAAACAGAAGACGAUGAAUAACUGAAAGAACAUUUACACAACGCAAAUUAUUUCCUCCCACUUCGGUUCUUAAUUCUUUCACUCUGGUUUACCUAAAGCAGCCAAAUAAUAAUUGCAAAACAUAGUCGUAAAUAGAACAUACUUAAAUUCUUAAUUUACAAUUAUCAACCAAUUAUGUAGUAUUAGCGCAGAUUUGAUUUUUGCAAGUCUCGCUUUCGAUUUUGUGUUUUUUUUUUAAAUAUUACUUUUCUCAUUGUCCCUUUUCAAUUUUCCCGCAGCCCCGAGCGAUGAAAAAGAAAAGCAAUAACGUGCGGAUAACGAUAUUUAUUAUUGCAAAUUAGUUAGGACGAUGGGAAGUGUAUGCAGGAGUUUAUAAGUUCUGCAACAAAAAGUGAACAGGGAAUAAAACGAUGAGAAUGAGAGACGUUCUGAAAGGAAAUGUGAUCGAUAUUUAGUUAUAACAAUAAUAAUAAUUAUAAAUUAAUUGAAAAAGUAAGAGAAAAGGCAUCAAUAUUGUGUAAUACUUGAAACAAUAAUACCAAUUAAAUAAAUAUGU